UCAGGAAUCGGACCUCAGCCUCUAGCUGCCUCUGGCCGCCGCCGCAACCAGGGUGGCCUCGCAUCUCUUCUAAAAGGGGCCCUCCGACUCCUCUCUUGGCCAGUCCAGUGCUGGGUCCCGGAGUCAGCGCUGGGUCGGGCAGCCCCGCACAACUCUCUGGGCCCUCAACAGGAUCCCUUCUCCCCAGAGUUGCGAGCAACUUUCCUUUCUCCCUCGGCGCUGCGGUGGCUCGGGGACCGUGGCCGCCGCAGAUAGUUGAAGACCUGGUCAGCGCUCCCUACGUCUUUUCCUCGCGCACGCUUAGGUCGUUCACUCUCGGGGUGCACGCUGGGGAUCCCCGACCUCGGCUCUGCGGGCGAGAUGCCCUUGGGACACAUCAUGAGGCUGGAUCUGGAGAAAAUCGCCCUGGAGUACAUCGUGCCCUGCCUGCACGAGGUCGGCUUCUGCUACCUGGACAACUUCCUGGGCGAGGUGGUGGGCGACUGCGUCCUGGAGCGCGUCAAGCAGCUGCACUGCAACGGGGUCCUACGGGACGGCCAGCUGGCGGGACCGCGCGCUGGAGUCUCCAAGCGGCACCUGCGGGGCGACCAGAUCACGUGGAUCGGGGGCAACGAGGAGGGAUGUGAGGCCAUCAGCUUUCUCCUGUCCCUCAUCGACAGGCUGGUCCUGUACUGCGGGAGCCGGCUGGGCAAAUACUACGUCAAGGAGAGGUCUAAGGCAAUGGUGGCUUGCUACCCAGGAAAUGGAACGGGUUAUGUUCGUCAUGUAGACAACCCCAAUGGCGAUGGCCGCUGCAUCACCUGCAUCUACUAUCUGAACAAGAAUUGGGAUGCCAAGCUGCACGGUGGGGUCUUGAGGAUAUUUCCAGAAGGGAAAUCUUUCAUAGCAGAUGUGGAGCCCAUUUUCGACAGACUCCUGUUCUUCUGGUCAGACCGGAGGAACCCACAUGAAGUCCAGCCUUCCUAUGCAACCAGAUAUGCUAUGACUGUUUGGUACUUUGAUGCUGAAGAAAGGGCAGAAGCCAAAAAGAAGUUCAGGAAUUUAACUAGGAAGACUGAAUCUGCUCUCACUGAAGACUGACCAGUGCUCUGAAAUCUACUGGCCUCAUUCUUUUCAGUGAUGGUUCCUGAAUUCUCUGUAAGAAUUGAGAUCCAAAGAUGGCCUCUCCACUGACUCGGUGGAUAAGAAAUUCUCCCCUCUGCUGGAAUGCUUUGCAUCAUAACAUCCCUGUCUUGUGUGUGGUACUUCAUGUUUUCUUGGCAAGACUGCAUUGACCUUCAGACACUUCUUUUGCCUGAUGCAUUUAUUUGCUAACUCCAGAAACACCUGCAGACAACCCAGCUCUGAUCAGUGAUUUAACUGAUAAUACUGGUGAUCCAAAACAGGAGCAAGGAAGCACGGGGGAGGGAAUGGAUUUUACUUGCACUUUAUGUACACUUCCUGAUUUGAAAGGAGGAGGUUUGCAGAGAAAAAACAUGGUGACAGAUAUCACAGAAAGGCAUCACUGAAGCCUUAACAGCAGGAAAGAAAAAUUUGUGUCAUCGGAACAAUUUCCAGAUGUUUAAUGCAGGACUUACUGGAGUUUCUGGAGAAUUAUCAUAACCUAAUGACAUUAUUACCUCUAGAAAGGACUGCUGUCAUAGUCAUCAAUUUAUAAGUAUACAUGGGGUGGACAUUCCCUUUUCCUGGUCCUGCAACCUGGACUUUCUGCCUCUGCUCACUCUGCUGAAAAUAUGACUCUCUGAUCAGAGAUGAGAACACCAUUUGUUCUCUAUUUUCACUUUCUUAUUUGGAGAACCUAAUUUUUCAGAAGCCAAAACUAGAUAUUAUUUGUGUUGGCUGCUUUGUUGGAAUAGAAUUUAAAUUUAAAAUCAAAGGAAAAAAAUCUACCUGGUAGUUAAUUUAGAGCCAACCUCUCAUAACUGUGUUGAAAGACCUAGGUUUACUGGUUUACAAUAAAUGUGUGUUCAUCUUGAAAACUUUGAGAGGGGAGAUGGAGUUGGAAAUGUGGGUGUUCCCCUUUUCAGUUUUCUUUUUUAAUGACCUCACCCUCCUUUACCAAAAAAAAAAAAAAAAAAAAAAAAAAAAAAAAAAACAGGGUGCUGUAUUUUAAAAAGGAAAUGGAAAUAAAAAAUCCUGAAAAGCUGUUUGAAUUCUUCAACAUUGUCUAUCCCUGGCAGCCUUUCUUUAGCAGAUUCGACUCUCCGGAUCGACUGUGGUCAGAAUGAUGCCGUUUGCUAGAACUGUGGAAGGUUCAUCACUUUCAUGGUGGUUCUGCCUCAGUAAGCACAGGUUCCACAGCCUCUGACAACCCUGUUUUGAAUGCUUAUUUUAUGAAAGUUACACUUCCUAGCUUUCAAUUCCAUUUUUGUUUCUUAAAUCCCUUUAAUUUCUUGGUUGAAAAUCCCACAAACGUUAAAGAGCCAGAAAUAUUUUCUUUUGUCAUUUAUGGAUAUGUAGACUUUCUAAGGAAGUAGUUUAUUUUUUUCCUUUUGUGGUUUUGGAAAAUUUCCAGAAAAGACUUGUUCUCAUUUAUUCUCAAAGUUGCUCUAUUUUUUUUUUUUCAUAUUACUGGUCACCUCCUACCUUACUAUAUAACUUACAUAUUUAUUGUGUUUCUUGUGUUGUAUCCUUUGCUCGAUUGUAAGCCCAAUGAAGACAGGGAUUUUUGUAUGCUUUUAAUCAAUGGAAUGUAUUCCCAGAAUUUAGAACAGUGCCUGGCAUGUAGUAAGGGCUCACUAAAUACUUGUUGAAUAAACUUGCUCUCCUGUA